GCACAAUUCUAGUUGUAAACGGGUUGUAGUGGUUAAUAAUAUGUGGUCAUACUUUUAAAAUCGUAAAUCACAUUGUUCACUUUACGGAUAACUGCUUGGUUUCCUAUUCUCUAUGUCAUUCUUAAAGGCAGAAUCAACAAAUAGCUGCACGUUGCCAAGCCUUCGAGAUAUCAAAAGACUCCAGUAGUACCAUUCUUAUUCUUAUUUCUCCGUUGACAAAUACUUCCUGCUAUUAUUUGCUGUGGCCGAUCGUAUCUUGAUUUCAUUCUGUGCUCAAUUUAACUGUAAUGUUUCGUGUGCUUAUUUUGAUUGCUACCGAAAUGUGUGUUCUAUCAACAGUUUCUUAUACCUUACGUGUAGUGUACAAUCAGUCGUUUCUUUACUUAAGUAAAUUACUUGACAGUCCUUUAAUAACUGUAAAAGCUGGUACAUAUCAAAAUGAUGAUUAUUCGCUUGAGUGCCCACGGAUGGUGCGUUCUGAUUAUCGGUAUACUAGUUAUCUUCCUGUACUAUUUGUCGUCAUUCAAUCCUAUCGGACAACUUAAAGGAGAAGUUAUCAGUGUUCGAAGAUUGUUAACGCGCUGCAUACAUCUUUCUGAGGAAGCUGGUGGUCUUAUAAAAUUUAUAAAUUUCAAGCACAACCUUAAUUCACGUACUAAAUACGGAGGUUUGCUGAAGCAAGAGCCUCUAACAGAUGCGGAUCUGGGAUCUCAUCAAAUAAUCGUGUCGGGUUUAACCUCGACUUUUCCAGAGCUACCGGUUCGCUCCGAAGAGCAUGAAUUGCCAACACACCAUCUAACUGAUUAUGAAGAAAGUGUUUUUCAUUCAGAUUUUCAGAGUUCUCUUCCUAAUGAUGAUCUCUUUGUUCCUGUUACAGAUUUGGUAGUAUGGGUCGAUCCUCUUGAUGGGACUCAAGAAUAUACAGAAGGCUUACAUGAAUACGUUAGCGUCAUGAUAUGUAUUGUUCUUCAUGAUCGCCCAAUAGCUGGUAUUAUCCACCAACCCUUUUCUAAUAAGACGUAUUGGGGUUGGGGUUCGUAUGCCAUGUCGUCUGAUUUACGAACAGCUAUGAUUUCUCGUCCUGUUCAUCUGUCAAAAAACGAUUUGUCAAUUACUUAUUCACGUUCCCAUUUAAAUGAAUCGCUCCUGAAAGACUUGACCAAACUUGUGUCUCCCAAACCGAUUCACUUUAUACCAGCAGGUGGUGCGGGUUUUAAGGCUAUCAGCCUUAUUAAAGGAAGCGCCGACGUGUAUAUCCACCCGUCAACGACACGCCGGUGGGAUGUUUGUGCUGCACAAGCAGUUUUAGAAUCUGUUGGUGGUCGUCUUACGGGACUUGAUGGCUCACCUCUUGGGUUUGGUUUGAAAUCUUCUCCAGGUAUACCAAGCAAUGUUGGCCUCUUCGCCGCUGCAGACCGUACAAUCUAUGAUAUGUGGCUUAAUAAGAUCUCCGACUUUUUCAAAACCUCAAGUUGAUUUUCCUUUCGAAAUAUAAUAUUCUUAUUUUCUUCAUAUCCUUCCUAUUGGUGAACUCAUGUACUGAGUAGCACUAACUGUAUAAACCUAAUACGAAAUUAUUAUAGUGAGCUUGAUCACCUCUCUCUCUCAUCAACUCACGUGUUCAACAUUGACUCUCUACUAAGAUGAUAAAUUUUUAAUAUAUUUCUAAUACGUCAAUUUCUCAUUGUCAUUCAUGUUUUUUAUCCUUGUAUUAUACUAACCAAUAUUACUCUUUUAUCAACAUAUUGAAGUUAUUUAACUGGUAAUCCAAGAUUAUAAACAUACGUAUAUAAGAA